AUGGGCGUCGCUUUGUCUACAGUGCGGCACGCGGGCACCGCCGUUCUCGUACCUACAGUCAGUGCAGCAUCGGCAGAAGUAUUGCCGCUCUCAUCGGAGGAGCGGGUGGCGGCACUGCCAGUAACGACGACGCCGCCUGCUGCUGCCAAUGCAGCUGCCACCGCUCCAGCCCCGCCCGCCGUUGAGCACACAGCGAACCCUCGGCAGCGCCUCACGGACACCCAAGUGGCACAUGCACCGGCAUCUUUGUCGCAUGCCGCGCCAAAGCCCCAUCGGCGCUUCCCUCCCAACCGCGAGGGGACCUCGGCAUUGGCCACACUCCCUCUGGCAGCAGUCUUGACUGCGGCCCCGGUCACGGCCGAGGCGGCCGUCAAGAGUCACCGCAAAGAGAACCGCGCCACGAAGCCCCUGCACCCGGCGCCGGCGUCGCUGUUGACGCGGGCAAAGGCGGGACGCCGCGACGCAACUGGUGAUGCCAUCAUCGCUGGCGAUCACCUUCAUUUCAGGUCUUGCCAGGACGCCGGCGUCGUCGCUAACCGCAACAUGGACUGUGGUGAGGAUGCCACGCUUGCCGUGAGGUCACCGGACGAGGGGCGACGGAGCGGCACGUCCCUGCAGAGCGAGGGUGGCCUCUACGGAGAGAAGGGACAGAGGCAGUUCGCUGCGUCUGCUAAAUCGUCUCCAUCGCCGGCUUCGCCGGAGGCGGAGGAGGUGGCCGCGUCGGCGUGCGCAUCGGUGAAAGCCACGGCUCUCGCAGAUGCUCCGGGUGGCCCUGCUGCUCCUCUGCUGAGCAGCACCUUCACAGCCUACCGUCCGGUGGCUCGCUCGGCCUCUCCUGGGCCGGCGCUUGGCCAGUACGAAGGGCUCCCGCUCACAUCGGUGCAGCAGGUGCUGGGGUCCAAGCACAAGGUAUACCGUAUCUGCCUCACCGGCGGUCCGUGCGCUGGCAAGUCCACCAUGCUCUCGGCCAUUCAGGCAAAGAUCCCGCAGCGCACCGGCUUCCGCGUCAUGUGCGUGCCGGAGGCUGCGACGCUGCUCGUCACCGGCGGGAUGCAGUGGGAUGGCGACCUCACCGUGCCGCAGCAGCUCGGGCUCCUUCGCACCCAGCUUGCCUUGGAGGACCAGUUCUACGCACUCGCCGUGGCGUCCAAUGUGCCGACCAUCAUCGUCUCGGACCGUGGCACGAUGGACGGCCGCGCGUUCUGCACUGAUGCGCAGUUCCAGGAGAUCCUGCGCGGCGUCGGUAGCACCAUCGACGUGCUGCGCGAUCGCUACGACGCCGUCAUUCACAUGGUCACCGCCGCGGAUGGAGCGGAGGAGUUUUACAACUUGGACAACCCGGCGCGGUACGAGGACUUAGACGGCGCACGCACCUCCGAUCUUCGUCUGCAGAGGAUGUACGUUGGCCACCCGAUGUUCCGCCUGCUCGAUAAUUCGACCUCCUUCGAGGACAAAAUUGAGCGAGGACUCCAGGUGGUCAGCCAGGUGGUGCACAUGGAGCAGUGCGCGCCGGCGUUGCCCACUUACUAUUUAGUGCGCCGCUGCCCAGCUGAGCUUCCGGUGGCGAGCGCCACGUACACGACGUACACGACUGUACUGGGCAACAGCCAGAUCAGCGACAUCCGACUCCUCGUGAAGCGCGAGAUGGCGGAUGGGUCGACGAUGCACUUCUUCAAGAGCGUUCGCGACGCUCCGUCGGCUGCGUUGUCCUCGCGUGCGCCACCCCGCGCGACGUCGCACGCCAGCAGUGGCGCCUCGUUCCGCAGCAGUGUGAACGCCCCGACGAUCAGCACAGCGUCGCCAGCGCCGCAGCGCAUCGAGAGCGCCCAACGCAUCAGCAGUCGUGAGUACGCAAGCUUGUGCAAGCACCAUGACAACACCCGCGCUGAGGUGGUGAUGAGGGCGACGCACUUCAUCUUCGAGGGUGCGAACUACGAGCUGACGACAAUGAUAGCACCAACCUGGGCAGCAGGACGCCAGACGCUGACAGUGGAGAGCUGCACAGUGCCGACGGCGAAGCAAGAGCAGGAGCAUCAGCAUGGCUCGCGUCACGCUGCUCCACCGGCGACGGCGCUGCGCCUCCCACCGUUUUUAGAGGUGGAUCGCGAGGUGCCGGUGGAGAGCCUGACGACCACUUUUCUCAUCUCACACAAGGAGACGGGGCCUCUCUACACAUCGCUGGCGUUUGCGCCUGUCUUCUCCCGUGCAGUGGUGACCGCCCUUGGUGCGCAUGCGGACACGGAGAACAUCCUGUGCAGCACGGUGAGCACUCCCCGCGGCACGCCGGCGCUUCGGACGGAGAAGGGCACGCUUCACACUCACCCCGCUCUCGCAGAGAAGAGGGAGGACAGCAGGUUGCCCGCACAAGUCCCCGUCUCGGGAGAGGACACCCGGCGAGUAGAGAACGCGGAAAACUCGGUGUUCCUGGCCGCACCACCGCCACUGCCGUUGCCUGCACGUCGCGGGCUUGCUCCGCUCGACGUCAAUACACUCUCUAUCUCCGCACCAGCGAAGAAGUCCGCCUCGCCCAAGGCAGAAGGCACACAUCACGUGGAGCUGGAGUCUUUGCCGCCACACCUCGAUGAAUCGACGAGCAUUCGCGAGCAACACAACGUCGGCACGCCGUCGCGCUUCUCCCUAGCCGGAGAGGAGGGUGACGCUGCGAAAACAACCACGGCGGCACCAGCCGGGGAGCGUCUGCAGCCGGAGAGACUGAUGGCGCGAGACCCCGAGUCCAUCUUGCCUCCUAUUGUGGCGAACCGGUCAACUCCUAUGACCUCCCUGCGCAGCUGA